AUGUGUCUAAACCGAAGAGCUGAUCCUGGUUAUGAGAGUGGUGCGUGGGAAUUUGUGAGGUGUGUUGGUGCAGAUUUGCGAGAGUCUGAGUUGAUCAUUUGCCCAUGUAUUGAUUGUCGCAACGUAGCUCGUCACUCAGCCAGUGUUAUUGUGGAUCAUCUAGUAACAAGAGGAAUGGAUUUGAGUUACAAGAUGAGGGAGGAUUGGUAUCACCAUGGAGAAGUAAUGUCAGGGACUGACAGUAGAAGCAAUGGAAGUGAGAAGAGGAAUGAGAUUUUAGGGUUAUACCAAGCAGCUGCCUUUGUUGAUGAAGAGUUUCUUAGGCCUGGUGACUUAAGUGAGGUUGCUGAAGGUGAAGAUAAGGCAGAAGAUGAGUUUCUUGCUAAGCUAGCCGAUGCAGAAACACCUAUGUAUCCAAGUUGUGCUAACCACAGCAAGCUCUCUGCAAUUGUUUCACUCUUUAGGAUAAAGACAAAGAGUUGUUGGUCUGAUAGAAGCUUCGAUCUGCUGCUUGAGACUUUGCCACAGAUGCUACCCGAGGAUAAUGUCUUGCACACGUCCUUGUACAAAGUGAAGAGGUUUUUGAGAUCUUUUGAUAUGGGUUAUGAGAAGAUACACGCCUGUGUGAAUGACUGCUGUCUAUUCAGAAAGGAGUUUGAGAAGCUAGACAAAUGUCCGAAAUGCAAUGCUUCAAGAUGGAAGAUUAACUUGCGCACAGGUGAUGUGAAGAAAGGUAUUCCACAGAAAGUUCUAAGGCAUUUUCGCAUAAUCCCACGGCUGAAGAGGAUGUUCAGGUCAGAGGACAUGUCAAAGGACUUGAGGUGGCAUUUUACUAAUAAGAGCACUGAUGGAAAAAGCAGACAUCCGGUUGAUUCUGUUACUUGGAAUUAA